CUGCGAUACGAUAAUCUCUUUGUUAUAUAAUUAUAUCUUCGUCGUCUUCUUCUUCUUCUUCCUCAGAGGAUCUUCUUCUUCUUCGUCGCUAGGGCAAGAUUUUGCGAUCACAUUGGUGAAGAUUAACCGUCUGAGAAUGAGGAUAGAGGCGGAGAGCGACGGAGUUUCGUCGUCGAGGAACCAUCUGGUUUUCGCUUACUACGUCACCGGCCAUGGCUUUGGCCACGCCACUCGCGUCGUUGAGGUGGUUCGGCACCUGAUCCUGGCCGGCCAUGACGUUCACGUCGUCACCGGCGCUCCGGACUUCGUUUUCACUUCUGAGAUACAAUCGCCUCGCCUCUUUAUUCGCAAGGUUCUGUUAGACUGCGGAGCUGUUCAGGCUGACGCUUUGACUGUGGAUCGCCUUGCUUCCUUGGAGAAGUAUUCAGAGACGGCUGUGGCACCUCGGGCUUCCAUUUUAGCAACAGAAGUGCAGUGGCUGAACUCUAUAAAAGCUGACCUAGUGGUCUCGGAUGUUGUUCCAGUUGCGUGCCGUGCAGCAGCUGACGCUGGAAUUCGGUCUGUUUGUGUCACCAACUUCAGUUGGGACUUCAUCUAUGCAGAGUAUGUCAUGGCUGCUGGAUAUCAUCAUCGGUCAAUUGUUUGGCAGAUUGCCGAAGAUUAUUCUCAUUGCGAGUUCUUGAUUCGCCUUCCAGGAUACUGCCCAAUGCCUGCUUUUCGCGAUGUUAUUGAUGUACCACUUGUUGUAAGAAGAUUGCACAAAUCCCGCAAAGAGGUCAGGAAGGAACUUGGCAUUGGGGAGGAUGUGAAACUAGCUAUUCUGAACUUUGGUGGACAGCCAGCAGGCUGGAAACUGAAGGAGGAGUUUUUACCUUCUGGUUGGCUGUGCCUGGUUUGCGGUGCUUCUGAAAGCCAAGAACUUCCACCAAAUUUCAUAAAGCUUGCAAAAGAUGCUUAUACACCUGACCUUAUAGCAGCAUCUGACUGUAUGCUAGGCAAAAUUGGAUAUGGCACUGUGAGCGAGUCGCUGGCAUUCAAGCUACCUUUUGUGUUUGUGCGCAGAGACUACUUUAAUGAAGAACCUUUCUUGAGAAAUAUGCUUGAGUUUUAUCAAGCUGGUGUUGAGAUGAUUAGGAGAGAUUUACUUACUGGCCACUGGAAACCUUAUCUUGAACGUGCACUUACUUUAAGACCAUGCUAUGAAGGAGGCAUCAAUGGCGGUGAGGUGGCAGCUCAAAUACUGCAGGAGACAGCUUUUGGGAAAAAUUAUGCAUCAGAUAAGCUUAGUGGUGCUAGAAGAUUGCGUGAUGCCAUUAUUCUUGGGUAUCAACUACAACGGGUCCCUGGACGAGAUAUUUGCAUUCCGGAUUGGUAUGCAAAUGCUGAAAGUGAACUUGGCCUUGGUAGCGGAUCACCCACUUUCCAGAUGAGCGAGAGAAGUUCCUUAGUGGACUUGUGCACAGAAGACUUUGAGAUUCUUCAUGGAGAUACUCAGGGUCUUCCAGAUACAUUAACUUUUUUAAAGAGCUUAGCAGAACUAGAUGUUGACUAUGACUCGGGGAAAAGCACGGAGAAGCGCCAGUUGCGGGAGCGCAAGGCUGCUGCUGGAGUUUUUAAUUGGGAGGAAGAAAUAUUUGUGACAAGAGCACCUGGACGUUUAGACGUAAUGGGAGGGAUUGCUGACUAUUCAGGAAGCCUUGUGUUGCAGAUGCCAAUCAGAGAAGCCUGCCAUGUUGCUAUCCAGAGGAAUCAUCCAAGUAAACAUAGACUUUGGAAGCAUGCACAGGCCCGGCAGCAAGCCAAGGGACAAGGAUCAACACCCGUCCUGCAAAUUGUAUCAUAUGGUUCGGAGUUGAGCAAUCGUGGACCAACCUUUGACAUGAAUCUAUUUGAUUUUAUGGAUGGAGAGAAGCCGAUAUCAUAUGACAAGGCAAAGAAAUACUUUGCCCAAGAUCCGUCCCAAAAGUGGGCAGCAUAUGUUGCUGGUGCAAUUCUGGUUUUAAUGACAGAAUUAGGUGUUCGUUUCGAGGACAGUAUCAGCAUUUUGGUUUCUUCUACAGUCCCAGAAGGUAAAGGUGUAUCGUCUUCUGCCGCUGUGGAGGUUGCUACCAUGUCUGCUAUUGCUGCCGCUCACGGAUUAACCAUUAGUCCAAGAGAUCUUGCUUUACUUUGCCAAAAGGUGGAGAAUCAUAUUGUUGGAGCUCCCUGCGGUGUUAUGGACCAGAUGACUUCAGCCUGUGGUGAAGCCAACAAACUUCUUGCAAUGGUUUGUCAGCCUGCUGAGGUGAUUGGGCUUGUAGAAAUUCCUGGCCACAUAAGAUUUUGGGGAAUUGAUUCAGGGAUAAGACACAGUGUUGGAGGUGCUGAUUAUGGAUCCGUAAGAAUAGCUGCCUUCAUGGGUCGAAAGAUGAUAAAGUCAAUAGCAUCUUCUAUCUUGUCUCGAUCGUUGCCAGAUGCAAAUGGGUUUAACCUUGAUGAGUUCGAGGAUGAUGGUAUUGAACUACUGAAAGCUGAAGCCUCAUUAGAUUACUUAUGCAACUUGUCACCUCACAGAUAUGAGGCUGUUUAUGCUAAGAUGCUUCCAGAAUCCAUGCUUGGUGAGACAUUCAAGGAGAAAUAUACGGACCACAAUGAUCUAGUCACAGUAAUCGAUCCAAAGCGUAAUUAUGUAUUGAGAGCACCUGCUAGACAUCCUAUAUAUGAAAAUUUCCGGGUCAAGGCCUUUAAAGCAUUGCUAACAUCUGCAACAUCAUACGAGCAACUUUCAGCUCUUGGAGAAUUGUUGUAUCAGUGCCACUAUAGCUACAGUGCUUGUGGACUGGGAUCUGAUGGAACGGAUAGGCUUAUACAAUUGGUACAGGAAAUUCAGCACAGUAAAUUAUCUAAAUCUGAUGAUGGGACAUUAUUUGGAGCCAAGAUAACAGGCGGAGGUUCAGGUGGAACAGUUUGUGUAAUUGGCAGGAAUUCAUUACAAACCAGCCAACAAAUUCUUGAGGUUCAGCAGAGAUACAAAGCUGCCACGGGCUAUUUGCCGUUUAUCUUUGAGGGUUCAUCACCAGGUGCUGGGACGUUUGGAUAUCUGAAAAUACGUCGUUGCAGCUCUCAGGCAAAAUUAAUUUGAGAUUUGAUAAGAAAUGAACUAGCAUUUAUACAAAUAUGAUUAGAGGGACCUCUUAGUCUUGACUUUUGAGAAAACUUUCUCCCGUAUAAUAUUGUUGGGACAAGAGGGUAAUUUAAAAGAAUACCAAUAAGUUGCAUUUAUUAAUAAAAACGACUUG